AUGAAAUUUACAUUACAGGCAGAGAAUAAUAUAGCUAAAAUCGAAAAUGCGCUGGAAGAUAUGAAAAAGAUUCAAUUACUGCAGCAAGAAGUUGGGGAAGGUGUCUCUCUUUUGUCCCAAGGUGGUCUAGAUGUCAGCACUGAGAAGGUUACUAUUGAAAGUAUCAUGAACAGAACGGAACAGUAUUUAAAAGGAAUACAGUUGGAUUUUGGAGCUGAUGGAAAUGGGACAAACAAAGACAAUCAGACAAUACUUGAUAUUCAGGUCGUAGUCCAUGACAAGAACCCCUAUAUUUUUGGACAACAUUCUGAAGCAUCUGCUGUGACAUCAAAAGUGACAUCAGUCGUUGUCAGUGGUGAUAUCAGACCAGAUGUAAAAUUCAAAAAUACAGGAAGUAUACAGUAUCAGGAUUAUAUUCCAAAAAUGGAUCCCAAUGACCCGGAAAAAAUCAUUUAUAUCACAUUCACAAUGAAAAAUGAGGGGGAUGCUGCAGUAGCUUAUAUCAGACCACACGGUAUGGACCCUGGUGUUCAGAGUACCCAUUCACUCUACACAUUGUAUCUGGGGGACGUGACGUAUCCAAGAUCCUCCUCACACGACUUUUCUAAGACGUUAACUAUCAAUGAUUGGACAGAUUAUGGAUUCAAAACUUUUAUUCGACAAGGUUUAUGUCACAAAGGUUCAUGUUAUAUUGGCCUCAAACCAAUAGAAAGUAAGUACAAAACAAAUGAUUUUGCUUUUUAA